AUGAAUUGUGUUGUGGAAGAACGAAUAAACAACUUACAAAGCGAAAAUGCUCUGGUGCAAGAUAUCAAGAAGGAAAUGGUUAAAAACAGUGGAAAGCUAAAAUUGAACAAUGAUGAAUCAAAAUCAUCAAUUACAGAAAUAUUUCCUUGGAUUUUAGAGUUUAGAAAAAUGUACAGGCGUAUACAUACAGAGAAAAGUAUGGCAUCUUUAACAGAACUUAUGCAGUUUUACAUGAGAAAUGUAAGUGCCAGUGUAAAUGAAUGUUACACAAGGCCUUUAAGAGCUGCAAAAUUGAAGGAUUCUAUUAGUGAGACUUUAAUAUUAUUCUUGUAUAUUUAUCGUGAACUUUCUGAGGAUCGUGAUAGAUUCAGUUAUUUAAAUAAUAUGUCAGACUUAUUAGCACUCUAUAUAGAUAUGGAAUUAAAAGCAUCUAGGAAAAGCAGAGAGGAUCAUGAUAAAAUUUGUGCAAGAGUUACAUCCUGUCUUUAUGUUUAUUUAGAACAUUCCAUUGAAUAUUUAUUAGAUACUUUAAUGAAAAUACAAUUUAUGUGUCGCAGUUAUCAUCAUAUUUUAGAUCCAGUUAUAAUGAAAAUAAUAAAGAAUAUUCCCCUACAUCCAGAAUCAAGUAUUAUGUAUAUUCGUUACUUUUUCAUUUAUCGUUUGUGGAGAAAAAUAAAUGAAAAUGUGGCUGUCAAAAAUCAGAUAACAGCUGCUGCAAUAGCAUCUCUGGGGCCAUUGCCAUCUACAUUCUCAUCAAGUUUAUUAGAAGAUGUAUUGCCAAAAGUGCCAAAGAGUCAACCAAAUUCUACAAAAGCUCUAUUGCAGCAUAAAUUUGAUAUAAAAAAGCAUUGUGAAAUGUUUACACGAUACUGCAAAGAAAAUAAUGGAAGUGUAUACCAGAAGGACGGACCUGCAACUCCCAUUGAUUCGUCCAGUAGAAUUAAUUCAAAAAUGCCGGAAGAUAUCGUUAAGAAAGAUGUAGAAUAUGUAGAUAAUAACGUAAAUUCAAUUAUAUCAGAUAAAAAUAAACAAAAUCAAUCUAUUUCUUUGCUAAAAACUUUUAAAUCUCUAAAUUUGGAAAAACAAUCUAGUUUUAAACGUUUAGGUACUUUUUCGAAUAAUAUUUCUACGGAGGACCUUAAUCCUAAAACAAUUAAAUCAAAUAAAAAUCGUUUGAGGAGAAAAUGUAAAAAGUCCAAUGAGAUUGUAAUUAUUGAUUUAACUAGUGAUAUAGUGCUCGAAAAGUGUAUAAAAAAAAGGAAGUCUAGAAAAUUACCGUGGUUAGAAGAAGCGAAAAAGAAUAUCGAUUUGAAAAUAGUAAAAGCAUCACAGAAAAAGAAGAAACAAGAAAAUAUGGGGCAUAUACAACCAUCAAAUACUUCACGAAAUGCUAAUCAUCAUCCGGAAGAUUCUUCUCAAUUAAUACGUGCCACGGAAAAUCUCAGUGAAAAAAUCGAAUCUAAUACAUACCGGACGAUUGUUAAAAACAAUGAAAAUAAAAUGGAAAUUGACAAGUCGAUAGCUUGUACAGAAAACAUACGAAAAUCGAUCGAUACGGAAGUCAAUAAUAAAGAAAUAAAUAUUAAAGCAUCUACGAUAACUAACAAAACAGUUUUAACCGAGAUACUUUCGCUAACGAAGCAAGUAUCAAAAAUUUCAAACAGCGUUGUUAAUGGUAAUUGUUUAAGUAAUGGAGAUAUUACGAAUAUACAGAGCGAUGAAAAAGAGAAUGAUAGAUUUAAUAAACAAACUGUGAUCAAGCGACUGACAGAAACAGAUGUUUUCUCAGAGCCUGAAACAUGCGAAAAAGUUGAAAGUUUUAAAAAAGUCUGUGAUCUAGAAACAGAAUGCCCAGAUGUAAAUAGUAUUAUGAUAUGUGCUCAGCAUGAUUCCAAAGAUAACGCUGUUAGUUCUAAUCGUUCCAAGUUUAAUGUAAUUAACAAUGAUAUAAUAGAAAAAAUAACAUCGUCGGAAAAUGUAAUGCUCGAAAAGAAUAAUCAAACUAUCGCGAGCGACAAAAUGUUGAAGAAUAAUCGUUUCGAUGAAACUGUUUAUAAAUCUGUGUAUUCUAACAACAUGCUUAAUUCUGAAGUUAGAAGUGAAAAAUUAAUUACUGUGCAAAAUAGCGAUAAAACUGAAGCGAUUUCUAUUGAAACGUCAAAAAGCGUUGAAACUCCUCCUGUUGAAGGAAUAUUAAAUUAUGAGGAGAAGCAAGAGUUAUCGUGUGUAUUUAUCGAAAUCUCGGCAAUCCAAGAAAAAUGUGACUCUCAAAAGGAAUCGAAAUCAUUAAAAUGUACAAACAGCCCAAAAAGUGAAUUCUGCACACAAAUAGAAUUAGACGUUUGUAAUUGUGAAAACGUGAAUGAGAAUGUAAGAGAGAAUAAGUCAAGCAUCGGUAAUAUUAGAGAAUCUAUUUUCGAAUCUUAUUCUGCGGAUAAGAAAGAUAUUUCUAAUACAGUUAAUACAACGUGCUCACAUGAAAAUAUUGAAAAUAAUGGAAAUCCUUGUAUUGAUACAAACCUUAAAAAGCCUAUAGAAGAUAUAAGAAACGACAAGUGCGAUAACAAUUUUGGCAAAUACGUUAAUAAACAAGAUUUUCCUCACGAAUCUAAUGAUGUAUCUCAUCUGUCAUCAGAAAUAGGGUUGAAAAAAUCUAAUAGCUUAUAUAAAACAACAGAGAAAAAGAAUCUAGGUAACGUUGCCGAGAAUAAAUAUAUCAUCCAAGGUACUGAAUUACAAGACAAUAUUGAUGGUCUGUCGCUGUUGGCUAGUGUUUCGCAACAUGUGCCGCAUUUAAAACCUGAAACAGAUGUAAAAUGUGACCAAAUAAAAGUAAAAGAUUAUGCAUCCUUGAGGUAUGCAUGUUACAAUCAAAUUACUGAUGAAGACGUUGAUACAAAUGAUUCAUCGAAUACCGUUUCUCAAUUACUCAAAAAUCCAUCCACGGAAAUUAUCAAUAAAAUCGUUGGCAUCUACCCUGAAGACCCCUUAGAUAAAGUCACGCUUCGCUUAGAAGUAACAUCUAACCAAACAGAAGGCCAAAAUGGUAAUAGCGAAUUGUGCAAAGUUAUUUCUCAUCCAGAAACAAGUAUAAAUUACGACGUGGAUGCGUUGACACAUAAUUUGGCCCCCAUAGAGAAUAAUGUACAAACUGUGAAAGAGAAUACAAAUGUAAUACUAAACGGUGAAACCGUAGUUUUACUACAGAAAUCUCCCAAUAGCAAUUUGUACAUUAUAAACAAAGCAGUUGAAAAUUCGAAGGAUCAUAAUAAUGACGAAGAAAUCUGUAGGUUAAAGGAAAAGAAUUGGAUACCUCCAAUCGAAGACUGUGGGCAAUUCGAAGCUAUAGCUUCUCUGGAUCACGUAUCAUAUAAUUUAGAAUUAACCCCUUACAGCAAAGAAUUAUAUCAAGAGGGCAAAUGUUCCGUAGUAAGAGGCAAAGGAAUCAAGCUAGAACCAGAAGACAACAAUUUCUCGGACGCAAAGGUGUACUCGAAAAAGGUACCGCUAUCGACUGAAAUGCUUUCCGUCAAUUCGCAAAUGUAUCAAGAUGUGAACAUUAUGAAUAAAUCGAUGGAUAAGCGAAAAUCGUCAAAAUCAAAUCUUACCUUCCGACAGAAUAUCAAGCAAGAAUUCAAUAAUAUUUCUAAUCACAUCACAUCGAACUGCGCGAUCCCGGGAUUCAACGGGAUUCAUUCACAUCCACACGAAGUUGAGGCUCAACAUCCCUUACAUAUUCCUGCCACUCAUCCGACCACCUUACCACCAAUCUACGGAAAUUGUGCUGGCAACGCGGAAUUGUGCGUACCAUAUCAUAAGCAUUGCACUUCAGUAUCAUGUAGUUUGCAAAUUAAUGCCACCACUUCUCUUCAUUCACAUGCGAAAUCAGGCAGUCCUUGUGGAAGAGCGCAUUGCUCGUGUUUAAAUUGCACCUAUGACAUCGUCGCACAUUGCAGGCAGUGUAUACACCCGUCGACGGAUACCCACGUGUCUUGUAUCGAAAGUAGUCCGUAUUUUUUGCCAACGCACUCGUCAGUACAAAGCCCUGCCGUCCAAGAGCAUGACAGAGCGAAGAAUGAAGUCGUCAUGGAAAAAUUAUACGACGAUCAACUAUUAUGUAAAAUAGAAAAGAAUCUGUUGCAGAAGAAUUCGUUGGAGAAACUUGAAGUACAGUGUGACUCGGAAAAGAUAUUUAACAAAGAUGCGGAGAAUAAGCUGCCUUUGAAGAAAAGGCUGAAAGCGCAUGCUAUGGCAUAUGAAGAAGUAGCGAUAAAAGCUGAAAAAGUAGAUAAUUAUCCUGCUAUGCCUAUGAUGUCCAUAGCCGCUUUAGAAGCGUCAGAUAAUACGCGAAAGAGAUCUGAUCAGAUUGUUAAAUCCGAAUACGAGUUAUCUCUUGCAAAAAAGGAGGAAUCACAUGAAAAUUAUCACUGUAGUUCAAAUUUGAUCGGAAAAAAUUAUUAUAAAAACAUGCAUGUUGUCGCUUCGCAUCAGAAUCUUGCAAAAGAAAAUACAAGAAAAAUCGAGUGUCAAUUUCGGUCGACAAAUGAUCAGCCUGCUAAUACGGUAUGUCAAGAAUCUUAUCUUCAGAGAACAGUUAAAACAUCCGCUCAAAGGAAGGAGAUGAAUUUGUCAGAUAUGACGUCGUUAAAGCGAUUCGAAAUAGAGCCGAUAGAACAAGAAGGAACGUACAAAAAAGUAAAGAAAACACAAUCGCCCCUACGGCAAACUAGAAGCUCAAAAAGAAACGUUCCUAAAGUAAAUUAUUCUUACACCGAUGUUGAUCCAGAAUGGAAUCCGUCCGGUGAGUCAAAACGCAAACGUAAAAAGACUAGUCGAUGAUCGAUACCGCCUCAUUAUGGAAAUUCGUUAUUGUAAGAAAUUUUUCUGAGAUUUAAAUGAAUAAGUGUACAUUGAUCCUAUAAGACUGUGGCAUCGUAAACUUGUAAAUAUUGUAUAAAUAAGAAAAUGAAUCGACUUGGGAAGAUAUUUGCAUACCGGCAAACUAUAUAGUACAACGCCUGAAGAUCAACAUUAGUGUAAUUUUUUGAAGAGUUUCGAAGCAACAACAUGGAAGAUGUUUAGAUUUUGUAGAUAGUACCUGUAUUUUAUUCAACACAAGCAGUUUCGUACUAAAACGGUAGGAAAUUCUUUCGUGGCCGUAAUUUGUUUUGUAUGAAAUUGUACAGUAUUA